AGAUUUGUUUAUAUUACAGUUUUUUGGUGCUUGACAUUAAAAGCCAGUGUCAGAAACGAGAUUCAUAAUCCUCGCUGGUGAGGAGUGUUCAGCCAAUCAGAUCAAAGUGGAGAAUGCGCACGCAUAACUUAAGGAUGGGCAAAUAAAUAUUGACAAACGUUUUACAUGAGUGCGCUUCCUAAAAUGUGGUGGGGAAGUUUCUACCUCACGGCCUUGUGUUUACAAACAAAUCCUUAAAUUAAAUUUUCGCGUCACUUACCCUUGUUAACCCAUCUGUGUGUGACCGAUAGUGACUUUUUACUUAUGUGAAUGCGAGAAAAAAAAAACGCAGAUGCAAGGUCUACUGGGCACGGAAUUCAAAUGUGCGUUUCCAAAUUAAAUGAGUCUUUCACAGGGUAAUAAAGGUAACUGCCUGGUGCGGUCACAGCCUAUUUAUUGUUACUUGGAGCUCAGUUGUUGUUACCAUCGUAAGUUAUUUAACCUACAAACCACUUGGGAAUGGUUUAUCAAAGUAUUCCUCUUCGCUGUAAAUGGAGAGGGCGGGCCGGGUGAGGGGGCGCAGAAUGCCAUUGGCCAAAGCUAAGAGGGCACGUCAUCUUAAAUUACGGAUCGAAUUUCUUGGCAAUAUUUGUUUCCUCUUCGACUGUUAUCCCGGCCCAGUGAAUGUAUUCCAUUAAGUGUCGAAUAGAAGGACAGCCCAAAGGAUGCUAAAACGGCAAGGAAAAUGAAUUCGUACCGAGACUUACUGUGCAGCGGAGACAGCAGCACUCAGUGUGCUGGAGUUUACUUCCCAGCGGAGGUCAAGCUGCACAGCAUGGAUCAAAGAGCAAGUCAAAAUUUAAUUUGUUGUAACGCAGAAGAAAACCACCUGAUUGGCACCGAAUUCCCCGUGCAACACCAGGUUUCAGAAUUUCACCACGCUACCCCAACUCCCGCCCCGACCUCCGCUCAUCAGUACAGCUUCCAUACUACCAACACCUUGCAGUCCGAGAGCCUUCAACCACCCUUCAGUACCGGGAGCGCUACUACACGCACCUUCUCGCAAGAUCAGAGCCACCCCUCCCCUUCGACUUACUUCCAUUAUUCUAACCCCGCCGUUCACUCUAAUUUUCCAGAGUUGGACGUAAGUGGACACAGAUUGCAUUUGGCUAAGGAAAUUCCUGCAAGCUUUUCUGGGCUAGACUUCGCGCCGGAAUUGCUUGACUCAAACUCUCAGGUCUGUUCUCGGGAGGGAACAAAGAUUCCCUUGACAGUUAAGGAUAGUUUUCACCAGGACCGUAUCAGCCCUCUUCAUGAAAACCGUUACCUCAGCAAAACAUUCCAGUGGAUGAAAGUAAAGCGAAAUCAACCCAGGACAGCAAAACCUCUGACGGAGGUCGGCGGAACGAGAUGUUUUGGCCUGAGCCUCGGUACCGAAAGUGCCCGCGAGAAGAGCAUCACUCAGGAUGGACUAAAUGCCAGCGGGGCGCCGAGGACCAGCUUCACCACCAAACAGUUAACGGAGCUGGAGAAGGAAUUCCACUUUAACAAAUACCUAACCCGCGCGAGGCGGGUGGAGAUCGCCAACGCCAUGCAACUUAACGAAACGCAGGUGUUUGUUGAAUGGGCCGAAAAAUUUCGACUCUGGUGGGACUCGAACCCACAACCUUUGAAUCACUUCUCAUAGUGACGAGACUAGAAGUCCAAUGCGCUAUCCAUUGCGCCACAGAGCCGCGCGCCUGAAAGGCGAUCUUGAUGGACUGUCCGGUGGUGUACCGAUAUACUUAUUUUGAGAAACCUUCGUAUUACUAAAUAAUACCAAAAUCAGACAUUAAAAUUAAGUUAGUAAGUACUGGAUUAAUAUUGAUGCUUAAAUAAAUUCUUUAAUGUCAUCUAGUAUGCUGGUUAUACUGCAAGGGCAUUAAAUCACAGUACAAAAGACGAGGUAAUUUACUGAUGGGUGUUACCCAAUCCGGAAAUCAGCAUGAGGUGCACGUGACUAUCAGGUCUCCUAAACAAGCUACUAUAACCCUGAUUACAGCUUCAAAACCCAUAUUCCUGUUGCUCUAUUGCGAUGGAAAUUUCAAGUAAAAGUUUAGCCUAAUAAAAAGGCUAUAUUUAUAAGGUCAAGAAUAUAAUUGAUUAUAAUAAGCCAAGAAGAUGCUGAAAAUUUCCAGGAAUAAGAUUUGUGGAUAAAUAAAAGCAAACUGCUUAUAUGAAAAAGAUAAUUUAGGAAAAACAGUGACAGUCAAUACUGUCAGUGUAGCUGUGUGAUAUUAUGGCCCAGUAAUCUGCGCGGUUCCUUGUAUGGCAGGAAAACGGUUUCUUUGUGAAAGCAGUGGAAUAGGUGAAGGACGCUGGAGGCUUGGGCUAACAAUGCGAUCGGCCUUUGUAAAGAAGUGCAAAGCUGGAUUGGUCUUUCAGGCGGCCUGUCCCAUCGUCCUCUGUGGCUCUAGCAUGUCCCAACGUCCUCUGUGGUCCUCGCCUGUCCCAACGUCCUCUGUGGUCCUCACAUGUCCCAACGUCCUCUGUGGUCCUCGCCUGUCCCAUCGUCCUCUGUGGUCCUUGCAUGUCCCAUCGUCCUCUGCGGUCCUCACAUGUCCCAUCUUCCUCUGUGGUCCUCGUCUGUCCCAUCACCUCUGCGGUCCUCGCCUGUCCCAUCGUCCUCUGCGGUCUUCGUCUGUCCCAUCGUCCUCUGUGGCUCUAGCAUGUCCCAUCGUCUUCUGCGGUCCUCGUCUGUCCCAUCGUCCUCUGCGGUCCUCGUCUGUCCCAUUGUCCUCUGCGGUCCUCACAUGUCCCAUCGUCCUCUGCAGUCCUCGCCUGUCCCAUCGACCUCUGUGGCUCUAGCAUGUCCCAUCGUCCUCUGUAGUCCUCGCAUGUCCCAUCGUCCUUUGCGGUCCUCGCAUGUCCCAUCGUCCUCUGCGUUCCUCGUCUGUCCCAUCGUCCUCUGCGGUCCUCGCAUGUCCCAUCGUCCUCUGUGGCUCUAGCAUGUCCCAUCGUCCUCUGUAGUCCUCGCAUGUCCCAUCGUCCUUUGCGGUCCUCGCAUGUCCCAUCGUCCUCUGCAGUCCUCGCAUGUCCCAUCGUCCCCUGUAGUCCUCGCAUGUCCCAUCGUCCUCUGCGGUCCUCGCCUGUCCCAUCAUCCUCUGCGGUCCUCGUCUGUCCCAUCGUCCUCUGUAGUCCUCGCAUGUCCCAUCGUCCUCUGUGGCUCUAGCAUGUCCUAUCGUCCUCUGCGGUCCUCGCACAGCGUCUCUCUGAAGGCCAUCGCCAUGCUGCUUGCGCUACACUGGAUCUUGGCAGCAUCAGCAGUUUCUGUCUAUUUUCUGAUCUAAUGAUUCAGCACCGAUUUUUCUUUUGAUUUUGCUGUUUUGUUUGCUUUACAUUUCUGGCUGCAUUUUCUAUGCACUUUUAAAAUGUAACUUGCACAAAUCAUCAUCAUAACUAUGCACUGAAUCACAGUUAAGCACAAUAUACUCAGUGCAGUGCAUUUACCCGAGUCAGCCGUGGUCAUGGCCCGUAGUAGCAUGAGCAUUAAAGCUUUAGGUUUUUGUAUGUCCAGGUGAUGUGGCAUCAGGAAUUACCUGAAUGGGGGUGUCUGUAGGUUAUAUGUGAAAAUUCAGCGUUAUUCUAUCCUCAUAGAAUCUCCAAAUGUUUAAUAUAUUAGCGAGGCCAGUGACCCUAGAAAAUAUUUUUUACCUUUAUUGAUUCUUCUGUUCUUGCUGGUAAAGAUUAAAAUAUAUGCACCAAUCCUCAUGCAGAAAUGUAAACCUGUGAGAGGUGUCGAGCAUAAAUAUAUGGUCAGUUUGAAGAUGAGGUGACAGUCUAUUACCUUUAAACUAUAUUUCUAUACCAGACAGUUAUGAUCAUAUGACAAAACAGCAACACUGAUGUUGUGUUGUACCCUAAAUUUGAUCAAAUGAACGAUACUGUUUCAGAAAUAAAGCCACAGUCAGUGUA